CAAGGCUUAAUGAAUUGAACCACAAGCACACAUCAUAAGCCUCUCACCCUUUCCAUCUUGCUUCAAUUAGAAACUCCAUUAAUUAAUUGCCAUGAUCCUUCCAAGCAUGGAAGUUCGUUUCUUCUUUCUCUUUUGCCUUAUUGGGAUUGGUUCAGCUCAAUUGUCUUCUACCUUUUACGCCAAAACGUGUCCUCUUGUGCUUGCCACCAUUAAAACACAAGUAAACCUUGCUGUGGCCAAAGAGGCUCGCAUGGGAGCUUCUCUGCUCCGUCUUCAUUUCCAUGAUUGCUUUGUUCAAGGUUGUGAUGCAUCAAUACUGUUGGAUGACACAUCUAGUUUCACAGGUGAGAAGACAGCUGGUCCCAAUGCUAAUUCAGUAAGAGGCUAUGAUGUUAUAGACACCAUCAAGUCUAAAGUUGAGAGCUUAUGCCCUGGUGUUGUCUCUUGUGCUGACAUUGUUGCCGUAGCAGCAAGAGAUUCUGUUGUUGCUCUUGGAGGAUUUAGUUGGGCUGUGCCAUUGGGCAGAAGAGACUCAACCACAGCAAGUUUAAGUUCUGCUAAUUCAGAGUUGCCAGGACCAUCUUCGAAUUUAGAUGGCCUUAACACUGCUUUCUCCAACAAAGGCUUCACUACUAGAGAAAUGGUUGCCCUCUCAGGAUCACACACAAUUGGGCAAGCGAGGUGUUUAUUCUUCAGAACAAGGAUUUACAACGAGACCAACAUAGACUCCACUUUCGCAAAAAACUUGCAAGGAAAUUGUCCUUUCAAUGGUGGUGAUAGCAAUUUGUCCCCUCUUGACACCACUAGCCCAACCACCUUUGACAAUGGUUACUACCGGAAUUUGCAGAGCAAAAAGGGUCUGUUUCACUCAGAUCAAGUCCUUUUCAAUGGAGGAUCCACGGACUCGCAAGUUAAUUCUUAUGUUACCAAUCCUGCAAGUUUCAAAACUGAUUUUGCCAAUGCAAUGGUUAAAAUGGGGAACCUAAGCCCACUUACUGGGUCUAGUGGCCAGAUUAGGACCAAUUGUAGGAAGACCAACUAAACAUUUGGGCCUUCUGGUGCUAUAAAAGUGUAGUGCAAGGUUACUUGGCUAUUUUAGUUAUUGCAAUCAAGCAUCAUUGCACUUUAAUUAGGAACAAAUAAGAUAAGAUGCUUUCUCAACUGUAAUAUCAGCAUCAAUAUCAAUACUAUGGAUUGAGAUCUUUUGUUC